AUGGAUGAAAUUGGAGAGAGAACCUGUGAGUUGUUUCAUGGCCAAGCCCAAUUGUACAAGCUCAUGUAUCUUUGGAUGUCCUCUUCAUGUCUCAAAUGUGCCACUGAUCUUGAAAUACCAGGCGUAAUCCACAAGCAUGGCCAACCCAUCCCUCUAUCUCAGCUGGUGUCAGCUCUCAAUGUUCCACCCUCUAAAGCUACCUUUGUGAAAGGGCUUAUGCGCUUGCUGGCUCACAAUGGCCUCUUUGCUAUCAGCAAAAGUAAUACAACUGAAGAAGAAAGUGAAGAGGCAUAUGAUCUCACUCCUGCAUCAAAGCUUCUUGUGAAUGGCACAGACCUUUGUCUAUGUUCAAUGGUUCAUUUGGCUGUAAGCCCUGCUUUGUUUAAUCUUUAUCAUAACUUGGGGAAAUGGGUUUGUGGGCAGGAAAACACACUGAGAGGGACGUCAUCUGGCCUAGGCACUUAUGACUUCCUUACUCAAAACCCAGCAGAUUUGGCGGCCUUUCAAGAAGCAAUGGCUAGUGAUUCUAGAUUCAUGAAAGUGGCACUCAGAGAUUUGGAAUCUGUUUUUGAUGGAUUGAGUUACAUCGUUGAUGUUGGUGGUGGAAAUGGGACAACUGCUAAGAUUAUCAGCGAAGCUUUCCCAAAGCUGAAAUGCACAGUACUGGAUCUUCCUGAGGUUGUAGCAGAUUUAUCUGAAAACACCAACGUGACUUUUGUUGGUGGGGACAUGCUCAAAUCCAUCCCUAAUGCUGACGCAGUUCUCAUAAAGUGGGUUUUGCAUGACUGGGGUGAUGAUGAUUGCAUAAAGAUACUCAAAAAUGCCAAGGAAGCUAUUUCAGGCAAUGGAAGAAGAGGAAAAGUGAUCAUCAUAGAUACAGUUUUGAAUGAAAAGGAAGACCAGAAAGAACUGCUAGAAACAAAGCUAUUAUUCAACAUAGUCCUGGCAGCUGAGUUCAAGUCAAAAGAGAGAACUGAGGAAGAAUGGAAGGAACUUUUCCUGAAAGCAGGCUUCACAGAUUAUCAGAUAUUUCCGAUAUUUGGCUUUAGGUCUCUCAUUGUGCUCAACCCUUAGAUUUGCUUGGAAUCUAAUUACUAGUAUUACAAAUAUAAAACUGAAUAAAUUCGCAGCAGAACAAGAGUUAUGAUACUUUUGCAAUUUUAAUGAC